AUGGUGCCGCCGCUGUUCAAGGGCCGCCGCGCCGCACACGACAGCGAAACGCCCGAGGCGGCGCCGGCGGCCGUCGCCGGCAACGGCAGCAGCACUGCAGCAGCCUCGGCCAGCGCCCCGGCCGCGAUCCUGCGUGUGCAGCUGCUGCGAGCGCGCGGCCUCGCGGCCAUGGACCGCAACGGCAAGUCGGACCCCUUCGUCAUCGUCUCGAUCCCCGGCGCCAGCGCGCGCCGCGGCAACAGCGACUACCGGCGCCGCAGCGCCGUGCGCCGCCAGACGUGCGAGCCCGAGUGGAGCGGCAAGGACGAGGCGCUCUUCGACUUUGACAUUGCGCCCGAGUGGCUCGCCGGCGCCGGCGCCGACAGCCGCGAGGCGAGCGCCGAGCGCGAGCUCGAGCGCUCCGACGCCGACGAGGGUGAGCCGAGCAGCCACGUCGCUGCGGCUGCAGCAGAUCCUCACUUGAUUGCGCCGCUGGCGACGCCGCGGCCGAAGCCCUCACGCCGCAUCUCGGAUGCAGCGGGCAAGAUCCUGACUGCGCCAGUCCGCAUCGGCGCACGCGGCGCAGCGGCAGGGGCGCGAGGCGCAGUAGCUGGCGCUCGCGCAGUUGGACGGCGCCGCAAGCCGCGACCCAUGCGCAACCCUGGCGGUAGCGGCGCCGCACUGCAGUCGCCCGCAGGGCCGCAGGUGGGCGCGCUGGAGUUUGUCGUGUGGGACAAGGACAAGUGGUCGGCGAACGACUACAUGGGCGAGGUGUCGCUGCCGAUCGAGGACUGGUGCAAGGGCGACUGCGCGUGGGAGAGCCAGGAGCCGAUGUGGCUGCCACUCGUCUCUUCGCGCCGCUCUGCCGGCGCAGAGGGCCAGAUCCAGGUGCGCGUGGGCUUCGUCGCGGUGCCAGGCUCGCCGCCGCUGGAGCAGGUGUAUGCGUCGCUGCUUGCGAGCAUUCAUGCAGUCGGCGGCGCGCCGGUGCGGUCUGUGCCGGCGGACCAGAGCGUCGGCAUGGUCGAGCCCGGCGAGGCGUUCCUCGAUGACGGCCUCGACUCGGGCGACGAGUCGGAGGAGAUGGAAGAGCUCGCUUCAGACACGGACGGCGAGAGCGCCACUGACGAGGACGAGGCUACGACGACGGACGCCGACAGCGAUGCCGGCAUCUUCGACGAGCACUUCAAGUCUGUCGUCCGAAGCAGCCCAGCGCCACUGGCCACGGCCGAGCCAACGCCAGGCGCCGUCGAGGCUGCCGCUGCGGCGCCGCCUGCACCCCCGCUUGCACUGCCCGAGGCCCAGCAGCCUCCUCGCGGCAAGUUCAGACGCCGGCUCACGCGCGGCAUCUCGUCGCGCGGUGCCUCUGGCACCGCGACGCCUCUGACGGGCGACGAAGGACAGCCCGAGCCGCGCAAGACUCGCAAGCGCAUCAAGGGCCCGCGCAAGCCGCGCACGCGCCGCAGCAAGAACGACGAGUACUCGUUCCGCGCGGCCAGCUCGGACAUCAUCGGCAUCGUGCAGAUGGAGAUCAAGAGCGCCUCAGACCUGCCGCGCUGGAAGAACAGCCUGGGCACGGGCUUCGACAUGGACCCCAUGGUCGUGGCGUCGUUCAGCGAGAAGAUCUGGCGCACGCGCGUGCAGCGCCAUACACUCAACCCUGUCUUCGACCAAAAGCUCAUCUUCCACGUGCGCCGCCACGAGGCCCACUGGACGACGAAGCUGGCGGUGUACGACUGGGACCGGCUCUCGAGCCACGACCACGUCGGCGGCGCCGAGGUGCGCGUGGCCGAGCUGAUCGAAGCGGCGCCCAAGCCGGACCCGGCCACGCAGCUGUACCCCGAGGACGAGGACGGCCAGCGCCCGAUGCAGCGCUUCGAGCUCGACCUCACCAGCGGCGGCGCCAAGCAGGAGAGCGUCGGCGCCAAGCACCGGCCCAAGCUCGUCGUGGAGGCCAAGUUCACGCCCUAUGCCGCGCUGCGCCAGCGCUUCUGGCGCCAGAUGCUGCACAACUACGACACCAAUGACUCCAAGACGAUCAGCAGCCUCGAGCUCGCGAGCAUGCUAGACAGCCUCGGCAGUACGCUCAAUGCGCAGACGAUCAAUGACUUCUGGGCGCGGGCCCAAAAGACGCCCGACGUCGACGAGCUGACGUUUGACGAGGCCGUGGCGGCACUUGAGGCAGAGGUCAACAAGCCGUGGGAGGAGAAGCGAGUCGCCGAGAACCACACGAGUGCCUCGAGCGGCGCGAUUACGCCGGCGCUGCUGGAGCAGCAGGGCGACGGCAUGGACUUCUCCGGUCCGAACGCGCCGACGGCAGGUGAGCCAGCGAUUGCGCGCCUCGCCGUGCCGGCGCCGGUCUCGUCGCUCGACCCUCCGGGCCCGGGCGAGCCGGGCAAUGCGCCCAGUGUGCGUCCGCUGUACAAGCGCGCCACGUCGAGCGUGUCCAGCACGGAUGUCGUCUCGCGUGACAUGAGCCAGGUCUCGCUCGGCUCGGGCUCUAGCGGCGACGGCAUCAGGCCACCGCCCGUGCGUGGCGCGUCCAACAGCUCCUCGACGUCGGCGAGCAAGACGGAGAGCGCCGACAAGGAGCGCGUCAUCCUGCUCAAGAGCUGCCCGAUGUGCCACAUGCCACGCCUCAAGCGCAAGGCCGAGGUCGACAUCAUCACGCACCUGGCCGUGUGCGCCUCGCAGGACUGGCGCCGCGUCGACACGCUGAUGGUGUCCAACUUCGUCACCGCGUCGCAGGCGCAGAAGAAGUGGUACACCAAGGUGCUGACGAAGAUCAGCCAGGGGCAGUACAAGAUCGGCGCCGACUCGGCCAACAUCAUCGUGCAGGACCGCGAGACGGGCGAGCUGCUCGAGGAGAAGAUGGCCGUGUACGUGCGCCUCGGCAUCCGCCUGCUGUACCGCGGCGCCAGCUCGCGCAUGGAGGGCCAGCGCAUCAAGCGCAUGCUGUACAACAUGAGCGUCAAGCAGGGCGUCAAGUUCAACUCGCCCGCCUCGGCGCGCGAGAUCAGCAGCUUCAUCGCCUUCCACCGCCUCAACAUGGCCGAGGUCGCCGAGCCGCUCGAGAACUUCAAGACGUUCAACGAGUUUUUCUACCGCAAGCUCAAGCCCGACGCGCGUCCGAACGACGAGCCGCAGAACGGCGGCCGCCUCGUGUCGGGCGCCGACUGCCGCAUGCAUGCGUUCGAGAGCGUGUCCGACUCGAAGCAGUUCUGGAUCAAGGGCCGCCACUUCACGGUGCCGCAGCUGCUCGGCGAGACGUUCCGCGGCCGCGAGACGUUCACGGAUGGCCCGCUCGCUAUCUUCCGGCUGGCGCCGCAGGACUACCACCGCUACCACUGCCCGUUCGAUGGCACCGUCAAAGCGAUCCAGCACAUUCCCGGCGAGUACUACACCGUCAAUCCGCAGGCGAUCCGCUCCGUCGUCGAUGUCUACGUCGAGAAUGUGCGCACCGUCAUCGAGUUUGAGACGACGCACUUCGGCACCGUCUUCUACGUCUGCAUUGGCGCCAUGAUGGUCGGCUCAAUCGAGCUGACGAUCAAGGAGGGCGACACGCUGCGACGCGGCGACGAGGUGGGCUACUUUGCCUUUGGCGGCUCUACCAUCCUGCUCGUCUUCGAGAAGGGCAGCGUCACGUUCGACGAGGACAUCCUCGAGAGCUCGCGCGCGGCGUGCGAGAGCCUCGUCAAGGUCGGGCACGGCAUCGGCCGGGCUGCCGCCUCCGACGCAGCUGCUGCCUGA